CGCGUCGCGCCUCGGCGCUGCCUGGCGCUCGCUGAGUGUCACCGCUCCCGGCGCCUCCGAGGGGCGGCGGGCGAGGGAGUUGCCCCGGGCUUCGCUGCCCUCCUUCUCCUCCUCCUUUUUUGGGCCCCCCGGGCGCGGACCAUGGCUUGCGGCCCCCGGCGCGGCGGCGCGGCCGGCCCCGCGGGCGCGCACUGAGGCGCCCCGCGCCGCCGGGGGGCUCGGCGGGGCGCGGCCGGCAGCGCGGAGCGGAGCGGGGGGCCGCGCCCGGCGGCGGCACAGCGCCCGCACCAUGUCGGCCGUCGCCUACAUGGACUUCGUGGCCGCGCAGUGCCUGGUGUCCAUCUCCAACCGCUCGGCCGUGCCCGAGGCGGCGCGGCUGAAGGUGCCGGGCGAGGCGGAGGUGGGCAAGGAGCUGCGCGACCCCCGCGACGCCUGGAAGGACUACUGCACGCUGGUGACCAUCGCCAAGAGCCUGCUGGAGCUGAACAAGUACCGGCCGCUGCCCGCCCCCUCCGUCUGCAGCGACAGCGUGGAGAGCCCCGACGAGGACGUGGGCUCCGACAGCGACGUGACCACGGAGCCCGGCUCCAGCCCGGCGCGCAGCCCGGCGCCGGGGCCGCCCGCGCGCCUCCGCGGCGCCGCCGCCCCCAAGGCCAAGCUGGCGGCCGAGAAGCGGCACAAGUGCCCCUACGGCGGCUGCGGCAAGGUCUACGGCAAGUCCUCCCACCUCAAGGCCCACUACCGGGUGCACACAGGCGAGCGACCAUUCCCCUGCACGUGGCCCGACUGCCUUAAAAAGUUCUCUCGCUCCGACGAGCUCACCCGGCACUACCGAACCCACACGGGCGAGAAACAGUUUCGGUGCCCCCUGUGCGAGAAGCGGUUCAUGCGGAGCGACCACCUGACGAAGCACGCCCGGCGCCACACCGAGUUUCACCCCAGCAUGAUCAAGAGAUCCAAAAAGUCCAGCUCCAGCUCCUUGUGAAGGCAGAGCUGGCCUGGGGAGGGGAGCGGGGGGAAGCGAGCCGCGGCGAGGACGUCGUGAACGGCGCAAGAGCAGCCUGCUGCGGUACCGCUCGUGGUCCCCACUCGCGAUUUGAAAGCACAUGUAGCCGAAGUUCAAAAAAUAAAUACUCUGUGCCCCCCCUCCCCACCCUUUGCUGGGAACAACAGUCUUAAACAAGUGAAUUGCAGAGUGAGAGCGAGGAAAGGGAUGGCGAUCAGACUAGGCGAUUACUUUCUUUUGUAAUUUAAAGCAUUGACACUGGUGUAUAUAUGUCGGACUGGAUGGUUUGGCCUGUGACACCACAGUAGCGUGAUUCCAAGGUCUUUGUGAUUGCUGUGUCAUGAACAUGUUUUGUUGAACAAUGUAAUGCUGCUUGUAUUUAAAAUUUGUUGAGUAAAACCACUUUCCGAGUCACUUAAAUAAUUCUCAAGUAAAAACUCCAUAGCACAUUUUAGAAGUGGAUUUACUUCUAUCUCAGAAUGAUCCUCCAUUUAGAAAGACUGUUAAGAGAAACAUUGCAUCUGUUACUAAUAGCAUCUGAUUGACAUACAGAAAUAAGGUGAAUUUAUACUCAAGAAGACCCAUUAAAGUAAAUGGGUCUUUUUAAUUUUUCUUUGUAUUAACUAUACUUUUGAAUAUUAGCUGCACUGUUUUCCAGUAAAAAUGUGUAUAAUCCAAGCAGAUACUUAAAGCAAAAAAAAAAAAAAAACACAACAGCUAAGUCAUUUUCUGACAGUAUGUGUAUUUAGCUCCAUUAUUCAUUUACCUGAAAAAAAUACAAGUCAGCCUAUGUAAUGUGGCAGGGUUAUGAGGGCAGAAACAUACAUCUCUCAAUUGAUCCUAUACUUUCAUUUAAUAAUGAAAUAUAAAUAAAUACCGUACUGUACUAUAGAAAUGCCACUAACAGUGCUUUAUUCUGCUGUAUUUUGUUUGAGUGGAUGCAUAACAGCAGCUACCAUCUUUAUAAACUGCUGCUUUUUUAAAGGUUUUUUUUCUCUUCAUACACUUGCCUUAAAGAUUUAUUCUCUUCAUACACUUGCCUAACUCCUGCAGAAUCCAAUGGGAGUUGUGUGUGCUUAUGGAGAGAGUAGACCUUUCCUUAAGAGCAUUCUGCUAAUGGAAACAGCUAAAAUUAUUGCAAAGAGCACUUUGAAAGGGCUCCUAUAUAUAUAUAUCUUUAGAGCUGUUUCUGUAGAGUAUGGGGGAAAACCACGACCUAGUCGGAAAUACAGCACGGAAGGUAUGUCGUAAUAUUCCUUAUGACAUAAGCUUCCCUAGGUACUUUGCAUUGUACCUGUGUCAUGUGUGACACGUCAAAUACUGAUAAAGGCAAUAUUGCAUUUAUUUUAAAGCUAUGUUUUGCUCUUUCAGAGGGGCAAAAGCAUUGCUGAAGGAAAACUUUAAAUCAUUGUCAUUAUCUGAGUAUUUCAUCUUUGUUUAUGUUAAAAGCAUGAAGUGUAAGAGGUUAUCAGUGACUUUUCCCUCCCCAACUAUUUAUAGGGGGAGAAUUAUGUUUACACAUUUUUCUUUCCAGAAACAUUCUUCUUCUGUUCUAUUUUUACCCCUUCCUCCAAAAGAGGAGGGGGAGGUGCAGCCCUACUAUGGAGACUUAGGGCCAAAUUCAUCUCGGGAGUAAUCACACUGAAAUCCGAAGUGUUUCCACUACAGAUGAAUUUAGGUCAUCUUGUAAAAUUUUGUACAUAAAAAUCUUGUUAGUACACCUGCAAUUACAGUAUCUUAUUGUUUUACCUGAUAAAAAGCUUGCUUCCUAGAAACAAACAAGAAAAAUCAACUCAGAGAGUAGAGUAUUUUCUUCUACGGUUCUAUAUGGCUUUCAGCAUUAGAAAUCAGUUUGCAUAUAGUGUUUUUACCUGUGUAGUUUAUGAUAAAUUCCAUCUAUGUGAAGAGAACUGCUUUUAAGGCAUUAGGGAUAUUGAGCAGUCUGUGGAAUAAAAAGGGAUGUGUUUUCUUCAGUGAAGACAUCAGGAAACCAAGCACACUUUCUACCUCCGUUUCAGCUUUUUGAAACAUUUAUUUUAGAAACCAAACUUUAAUUUCUGGUGUCCAAAUUGGGUUGUAGGGACAUACGUUCUUCCUAAUAAAAAUAGGUAGCCUCAGUGUUUCUGCUGAGCUAGAAAUACACCGAGAGUGUUCUGCUUAUCAGUACUGUUAAUGCUGCCUUGUUGAGUGGGGUCAGGGCCACACGUAACCCAGUGAGAUUCAAAGGAGCGCUCACGUUCAUCUUCAUUUUUCUCUGUGAAGAUCACACAAACUUUAGAGUCAGUCCUACAGUCCGUAUUGCUGCCAUUUUGUAGGACAAGUGCACUUGGAAAAUUAAGGCCUGAUCCUGUGAAAUACGAGACACCCUCACAUCCUAUCGACUACAGUGGGGAGCUACAGCUGAUAAGCACCUCUUAAAUCAAUAUGUAAAUGUUUGGGUCACUUAGCUACCAGGAUUAACCUACGUAUGGAUGUAGAUGUCCAACUUUAGGGAUCCCAGCUUGAGUAUUUGGGGUAGAACGCACAUUUAAAGAAAUGUCACUGUUUCUUCAAAUUCUGAAAGAAUUAACAGAUGGGGAGUACUUUGGUCCAUGCAACAACAGAACAUGUAGACAUAUCAUUAUUACUUGUGACAAGACCCCGUUUCUGAAAAAGCCCUCCUAAAUCGUAACUGAUUUGCUCUAACGUAUACUGUAUUUCAUCAUAGGACAGAUGGGAUUAAUGUGAUUCAUUAACCACUAACAGAAUACAUUGGGAAUGAUCAGGUUUGGAGAUUUUUAUUUUGUUGCUUUGUUCAUUUGGGUUUUUGAGUUUUUUCUUUUAGUAAAAGCAAGCAACGGAUCUAACACAUGAAAUAAACUCCAGGUUACUUCUUUGCAUCUUGAAGUUAAGUUUAGGAAGAGUGUUGCAGUUGUUGGAAAAGAAAGGAAAAUCAGGUUCUCUAAUAACGUAUGUACUUGUUGUACUAUUUUGGAAAUACUUAAUAGUGCUGAAGUUAGGACAGCUCCUCUCCUUGGUUAAGAAAGCCCAUUACUAUAGAGAAGCCAUGGCUUUAAAGGUAUAGCUAUACAACAUACAUCUUUUUUGAACAAUUUUUCAUGACCUGUAUUACAGAUC